GUAAAGUUUCAGGCGAGCAAACUCAUUGACAAUUCUUUUACUUCACCAGUGACUACGAACUUUUUAAAUAAUCAUCAUCAUCUGGCACUCGUUCACGAGUAUUGGUUGGAACGUUUCUCCUUAAACGCGUCAUUUCGUUCUAAUGUAGCGCGCACACAGUGAUGCCGCAACCCAAUUUGAAGAGGGCACCAACUCCGGUGCGAACAGCGGCUCCCUUCGCUCCACACGACGCGAUGGUCGCAUCACAGAAAGGUCACAUAGAGAACCUAGUGCAGAAGACUCGGAAUUUGGAACAUACCAUCAAGAAGUUGAACGAUGAAUUCAGUCUUGAACAAACUCGCGCCAAGGACACUGUCAAUGCCAUUAAACAACAAUGGCAAGCAGAGCAAAAGGAGUGGCACGCUGGUUGCGAUGCUUUACAGGCGUGCCAUAGGAUUGCUCAUCUCAAAACGACAUACGCUCUGGACGACGAACGAAUCGCAGUGCUCAAGGAACGCGCAAUUGCACGGCGCGAGAGGCUUGCACGUAUACAAAGGGAUUACAAGAUCACCAUGUUCCAGGCUAGGGAGGCAGAAUUGGAAAGUCAAUUGGAGGACCUUCAGGCAGAUCUCGACUCUCGAGUGGCUGAAACAGAGUCUUCGCUUAAAUCUCGUGAUCAACAGUACCAAAAGACUAUCCUCGACUUACAAACAAGAGACGCGACGCUUUCAUCCGAGUUGAAGCUGAAGUCGGACGAAAUUGUAGCAGCUCACAAGCAACGCGAAGAUGUCGAGGAUGAACUGCGUCGACUACGAGAAGCCCAAGCAGACGCAGACGCGACGAGUGUUACAAAUGUGUCCAAACUUUCCCGGAUAACUGUGCAACGUGAUGGUCUACAAGCGAGGGUGACUCAACUCGAGCGAGAGCUUGAGGAUCACAAGGAUAAUAAUGCUAAGUUGCAACGUCAACUUGACAAUUGGCAAGGCUUGAAGAAAGGUGAUGAUGCAGAUAUGGAGAUAUCGCGGAAGAAGAACGUCGAGUUAGAGGCUCAAUUAAGGGAAGUGAAUGCAGUGAUCCAAGAACGUGAUAAAGCGCUCGAGAAGGAGAAAGGUCGCACCACUAAACUUAAGGAAGUCCUCCAUGAGUGGAAGACCGAAGCCGGAGAGCAGAGCACGCUCCUGAAACAGGCUGAUGAUGAAGCUACAGAUGCGAAAAAGGCGGCAGAAAAACUUGAGCAAGAGAUAUUAGACUUGAAGGCUCAGCUAACUGCUGCACUCAAAACAUCCGCUGCUCCAAAGAGCAACACAACGUCUCCUCCUAUCCUUUUGGCAUCAGAAGAGGAGGCUGAUCGACCUCGCCCGAAACCCAAACCCAGACCUAAACCAGUCAAGCGCUCGAAGCCAGUUGACAGUGACAUUGAAGUAAUUGAGCCUUCCGCCAAAGCGAAAGGUAAACGAAAGGCACAUCAGGAAGACAGUGCCGAUGAAAAACCUGCAGCAGAGAAAGCAAAGCAUGCACGAGCAAAAAAGGCCGCCUCCGCGUCAAAUGAGAAGGCACCAAAGAAACGUACUCUUGAAUCCGAAGCCAAGAACCAGAAGAAAGCUGCGGAGUCGUUGCGAACAAAGACAUCAAAAUCUGCUGCUGUUGCAGAUAGUGCCGCAGAAGAUGACCAAGAUCCGGCACCUAAGAAGAAGAAACGGAAGCUCAAUGUAGGCAUCUUCCCUUCUACGCAACAACAGCCUCCGGUGUUUCACUGGGACCAGGGUGAACUCGGCCUAGGAAUCCCUACCGAGCUGUCGCCUGUGAAAGAUGCGCCGCGACGAUUACAUCCAUCAAGCACAGGACCAAGUUUCACCAAAACUCGCGGAUGAAGUUUGUCCCAUGUGGAUGGAUGCACGGCAGCUGACUGGAGUCUUUGAUGUGAUCGAUGAACGUCAUGUUUGAUCUUGAAUCCUGGUGACUGGCGAGUCGUUGGUCACAGCUGUAAGGGCCCAAAAUAUGCUUAUGAACCCGCAAACGGC